UAAUAAAUUUAAUAAAUUGUUAGAACAUGAAUUACAAAAAAGAAACAAAAGUGAAGUUGUUUUUCUUAUAAUUAUUCUAUAUAAAAAAAGGAAAAAAUAAUAAUUGCGUUGAAAAGAGGCAAUAAUAAAAUUUUAGUGGUUUUGGUGGUUUUUGCAUAAAAUGUUAGCCCAAAUCGCCGCCUAACAUUUUUUGGUCCUUCGAGACGAAUUAUAUUGAAAAUUCGUGGCAUUAAAAAAAAAAAUGAAAAGAAACACAAAAAAUUUGGAUUUAAGACAAAAAACUAGAAUAAAAAUAGUGUAGUGUGCAAAAAAGAAAACUUAAAUUAAAGAACAGAUUUAGUGAAACAACCUAAACAACACAUAACAAAUUGCAAACUAUUGGUGCGAAAUUAGAAAAGUGUUUGAAAUAUUGAAGAGACUAGUGGUGGAAUUUCUUUGUGGUGCAAAAAAAAAGAAAUAAUGAAAAAAAAAAAACUAUAAUAUAUUUAGUGUAGAACAAAAAGAAAACUUUGAACAAUUUUAUUUUGUAGUGCAGAGGUGAAAAGCGGUUUCGGUAUCGGUCUCGCGAGUCGCGCCAAUUGGAAUCAAGCAUUGGACUUAGAAAGGAGGAAGAGAGAAAUUAUGGUGAGUUCGUUCCAUUUUUUCUAUUAUUUUCUUUUUAAAUUGCAUACAAAGUAAUUGGAGAUUUUGAAUAUAAGGAUUUCUUUCUUUAUGAAAAUAUUUUACAUAAAUGGUUUAAAUUUUUUUGAAACAAAUUUUACUGGUGGAUUUGACUAGAUCUUUCUAAAAUAAUUUUGGCGGUUUAAAUAGAGAGCUUAGAAAAGAAAAAAGGAACAAUUUUUCGGGAUAAAAUUUUUAUUUUUUUUUGGACAUAGUGAAGCAUUAUCAAUAAGUUUUAGUGAAAAAAAAAGGAGAGAAAAAUAUAUAUUAAAAUUUUUUUUAUGAACACUUGCGUGGUACUUUGCAAAUAAAACUUUGUGAUUCAGAUUGAAUUAAAUUAAUAUUUAAAGGAACUAUUUGACACUAGUUGUAAUUAAUUAAUAAAAUAGUUGUAAUUUCAAUAAAACUAGACAAAAAAUAUAUAUAUAUAGUUGAAAAUAAAGAUAUUAUUUUGAGUGUUUAAAUUGUUUAAUUGAUUUGUUUUUGAUCUAGUUGAUACGGAAGUGAUCUGGGUAUAUGGAACCUUAUAAAUAAAUAUAUUAAAUACAUAGGGAUUAACAUGGACAAGUUAAUUAAGUUGCAAUUGGCGGAUAAAUUCCUGAUAGAGGAGAUAGUAACUCAUUUUUCUAGGGAUAAAAGAGAAAACAAACCAAUGGGAUGUUUUGAGGAAGUUUUGAACGACAUAGAGACCCUUUAUUAUGAGAUAAAGAAGCGUCAUCGACAGAUUUUGGUGGCCUCUUAUACAGAUAGGAAUGAAGAGAGCGCAAAGUGCCCGUACCUCGAGCACAGCGUGUUUAAUGAAAUAAAGACGCUCUUCCAAACUAGGCAUAAGUCCAUAGAUGCUGAAAUGGUUGACAGGUUUCCUAAUAAGGAGGCGGACUUGAAAGUGGAUCCGAACCAUGGCAUAAGCAUGAGAAAAGAGGUUUCAAGUAUGGCGAUAAACCUGCCAAAGAUAACGCUAGCAAAAUUUGAUGGUGGUUACCAGAAAUGGCCUUCCUUUUACGACCUUUUUAGGUCCCUGGUCCACAAUAAUGAAACUCUUACGGCAGUACAAAAGUUACAGUAUCUAAAGUUGCAUCUUACUGGGGAGCCCGAACAAUUACUAAGAGCUUUUCAGGUAACAGAGGACAACUACAUGGCUGCAUUCAACAUGCUAAAGGAGCGUUACGACAACAAGCGGGUGCUAGUCAACACGCUAUUGAAACGGCUUCUUGGCCAAGCGAUCGUGCACCAGGAAUAAGCCGUUGCAGUAAGGAGGCUUUUGGACACAACAAAUGAAUGCUUACAAGCUCUCACAAAUCUACAAAUUGAUGUGGAAGGCUGGGAUCCAAUUACAGUUUACCUAAUAGUCCAGAAGCUACCAAUGGAAACGCGUCAGCUUUGGGAACAAAGCAUCAGCGUCGAAAAGCAGCAACCAAGUUGGCGACAGCUUGAAAAUUUUUUAGAAACAAGGUUCCGCACAUUGGAGGCCAUAGCAGUUAGAAAAUUAUUUGCAGGUUCAAGAAGUCAAGUACAGAACGACUCAAACCGGAAUAGGGGCAGCACUUUAUUUCAUGUUGCUACAUCUAGGUCAACGAAUAAUGGUGCUUCAUGUCUGUUUUGUAGAGCCGCACAUACGAUAAGAAAGUGUAAAGCCUUUUCAAGAUUGGGUCAAAAUAAGCGAUUGGAGGCAGUAAAAACUAGGGGGCUUUGCAUAAAUUGUUUGAAGCCUGGACACAUGAUGACCACUUGCCCAAGCCAGCAGAGCUGCUACAGGUGUCAUAAACGUCACCAUACAUUACUACACCGAAAGGAUGAAGGAGAGCGAACCUCAUCACAAGUUACAACUACACCACAAGUACAUGCGCACCACGCCGCACAUACUUCACAGCAAGCAGCAGCGGUGGCGCCAGAGUUGUCCGCUUUGGCAGCAGUCUUUGUACCCGGCAGUCAUCCCGUCCACACAUGCGGCACGGCUGUCAAUUCCAGACAACAGGUCUUCCUAGCUACAGCAUAUAUCAGAGUUCUUUCACCUACUACGGGCCGAUAUCAAAGAGCUAGGGCGCUGAUUGAUCCCGGCUCACAAAGUUCCUUUAUAACAGAGUCACUGGUGCAAGGCUUAAGUUUAAAGAAGGAGAGGAUAGUCGCUGACAUACACGGUGUAUCACAAACAAAUAUUGGCCAAUCAUUGGCUAGGGUCAGAGUAAUAAUUGAAAGUGCAAGUGGCUCUACAAUAGUACAGGUGUCCGGUUUAGUGCUUAAAAAAUUGACGAACUUGUUACCAGUGCGAGACAUCUUCGUGCAAGAGUGGCCACACCUGAAUGGAUUAACUUUAGCCGACCCCGAAUACUUCAAGAUGGGAAAAAUACACGUACUCAUCGGUGCUGACGUUUUUGGCCAAAUAAUAUUGGACGGUUUAAGGAAGGGUCCGUUUGGCGCACCGAUUGCCCAGAAUACGAUUUUCGGCUGGAUCCUGUUCGGAACUGUAAAGCUACAAGAUGUUCCAACAAUAAUGAUAAUCAACUUCCACAUGCAGUCGGAUUUAAAUGAAACUCUGAAGAGGUUCUGGGAACUUGAAGAAAUACUAGAAAAUAAAAUGAUGACUGAAGAGGAGCUAGCAUGCGAGAAACAUUUUUGCAGUACACAUUGAAGGGCUGCAGAUGGACGAUACCAGGUGGAGCUACCAUUCAUUGAAGAAGACUCAAUUGAGA